UGAAUGAGUUGUCUAUGAAAGCUACUUCAUCUGUAAGAAAACAGACGGCUGCACCAGUGACUGGGUCAGUGCUCUAAAAUGAGUCUCUCUGGGGAGAGAGAGGAGGGGGGCCCUGCCUCUAAAAUGAGUCUCUCUGGGGAGAGAGAGGAGGGGGGCCCUGCCUCUAAAAUGAGUCUCUCCGGGAAGAGAGAGGAGGGGGGCCCUGCCUCUAAAAUGAGUCUCUCUGGGGAGAGAGAGGAGGGGGGCCCUGCCUCUAAAAUGAGUCUCUCUGGGGAGAGAGAGGAGGGGGGCCCUGCCUCUAAAAUUCAUCUCUCUGGGGAGAGAGAGGAGGGGGGCCCUGCCUCUAAAAUGAGUCUCUCUGGGGAGAGAGAGGAGGGGGGCCCUGCCUCUAAAAUGAGUCUCUCUGGGGAGAGAGAGGAGGGGGGCCCUGCCUCUAAAAUGAGUCUCUCUGGGGAGAGAGAGGAGGGGGGCCCUGCCUCUAAAAUUCAUCUCUCUGAGGGACAUGACACCAAAGAUAAGAGACCAAUCAAGCAGGAGAGACCAGCCUCCCCUGUUCCCAGCUGUGUGUCCAUGAAGAGUGACCUGUCUAUGUAUCUACCUAUAAACUUUAGAGAGGGAGACUUUUCUACUGAACAAAGAAACCAACAGGGGAGAUCAGAGUCAGAGAUUCUCAGUGGUCAGUCUUCCCAGAGUCAUCAAACAGACCUGGCCUCCAUAUUCAGUAUGCUUGAAGUAAAAAUUAUGACAUUUGUGAAGAACGAGCUGAAGAUGUUCAAGAGGAUCCUUAGUCCAGAACUCCCAGAAGGCUUUGAGAGUCAGAAGCAGGAUAAGGAAGUGGUGGAUGCUGAAGAUGAGCAGCAGGAGAGCAGUGCCAGAGAGGGGGCUCUGAAGAUCACACUGCACGUCCUGAGGAAGAUGAACCAGAAGGAGCUUGCUGACACACUGGAGAAAUAUGAGCUCGCUGUGAUUUGCCAACGUGAACUCAAAUCUAAUCUAAAGAAGAAGUUUCAAUGUGUAUUUGAGGGGAUCGCUAAACAAGGAAACCCAACACUUCUCAAUAAGAUCUACACAGAGCUCUACAUCACAGAGGGUGGAACAGGAGAGGUCAAUAAUGAACAUGAGCUGAAACAGAUUGAGACAACAACCAGGAAACAAGCAAGACCAGAGACUCCAAUCAAAUGUAACGACAUCUUCACACCCUUAACUGGAGCAGACAAACCUAUCAGAACUGUGCUGACAAAGGGAGUCGCUGGCAUUGGAAAAACAGUCUCUGUGCAGAAGUUCAUUCUGGAUUGGGCUGAAGGAAAAGCAAAUCAGGAUGUCCAAUUUGUAUUUUCAUUCCCUUUUCGGGAGCUGAAUUUGAUGAAAGAGGACAAACACACUUUCAUUGAACUUCUUAAUCACUUCUCAAUGGAAACCAAACAAUCAAGAAUCUCCAUCUACAACAAGUACAAAGUUCUGUUCAUCUUUGAUGGUCUGGAUGAGUGCCGACUGCCCCUAGACUUCCAGAAGAACAAGAUCUGUUGGGACGUCACAGAGUCAACGUCAGUGGAUGUUCUGCUGACAAAUCUCAUCAAGGAAAUCUGCUUCCCUCUGCUCUCCUCUGGAUAA